AUUAUCUCAGGUAGGAUAUGAAACUAUUCCAAGUACUUUUGAUCUGUUUUCCUCUGGCAACAUGUGAGACAACCAGUGAUAAGUCAGUGAUAAAGCUGGGCCUCUUCAUCCCCGGAGAUAUAGGUGGGUUUGCAGAGAGUAAGAGUCUUCUCCCCAUGGCUGACGUGGCCAGACAACAGAUCAACAUGUCUCCUAAGUAUCUGGGUGAUUACAAACUGGAAACUGAUUGGUUCAACACUAAAGCAGACUCAGGUAAAGCGAUACAAGAACUGUUCACAUUUAUUGGGACUAAAGACCAGAGGGACUACGUAGGAAUUGUAGGUCCGGUCUUUACUGACGUUACCAAGUACAUCAGCGAACUUGCUCCCUUUUUCAACUACGUGUCGGUGUCUCCCACAGCCUCCAGCUCCUCGUUGAGUCAGGGUAGUAACAAAUCUAAUGAGGAAGACAUCAGCGGUGAGAGGAAAUACAUUUACCGGAACUCGCUACGUCUGCAUCCUGUUGAGACUGAUAUGUACAAGGCAGUGUUCCAGCUAGCCGGAAAGUGUGGGUGGGACAAGAUCCACAUCCUCUCUGGGGAGGGACAAAAUGAUAUGAACGAGUUUAGAAGCUCGGUUAUCAAGGUAUUCACAGAUGAGAUGAAGUUUCUGUAUCGUUAUUCGUUUACAUCAUCUAACAAGGAGUCCAUACGAAACGCAAUAUACGAACUGAAGAAAAGUAACGCCCGAAUAAUAAUCGCUAAUUUCGAUGAAGAUGAUGCCUACGAUGUAUUCUGUGAAGCGUACAAGGCUGACUUUUUAUCUGAAUCUCUUGAGUUCAAGGGAAAGAGGGUGUGGGUGCUGCCGAGCAGUUAUAAGAACAACUGGGUGGCACAAGAAGUAAACAAGAAGCUUUCUAACGGAACCUGUUCUAAGAGGGAUAUCGUACAGGCUGUGGGAACGUACCUGACCCCGCAGUUCCAAUGGAACACAACACGUUUAGACCGGAAGAUGGACACUGACUACUACUUCACUGACACUUGGGAGGAAUACUCCGACCUCUUCUACAAAGAAUACGCGGAUGAAUGUAGGGCCUGCCAAAUAGAAGAGAAAGCCGGCAGUCUGAUGUACGAUUCGGUUUGGACCUUCGCUAUGGGCCUCCACAAGUUCCUUUAUCAUUUUGAUAUUGAAAAAGGGCAAAUCAACGAGAGCCACAACAACACAGGUCCAGAGCGAGAUGUUCUUCUACAAGAGCUUUUACGGAGAAGAGGAAGUCGCUCUUCUGAUCUGAUGGCAGCAAUGCUCCAGCUCUCAUUCGAGGGAGCUUCUGGAAGGAUAGAGUUUGACAACAAGCUGGAUAGAACUUGUAGGAGUGGUUUUAAGGUCAAGAUCCAGCAGCUCCGAGUACUGGACUGCGGUAACAACACUUCCGACCAAUGUGAUGUAGAGCUGGUGGAUGUAUGUGCUGGAGAGGACAGACUGGAUUGUGAGAUGGAGUCCAUGUGGGACACCUCUAUCUACAGCAAGCUCGUACCAACUUGCUCCAACUCUACUGAGUUCCAGUGCAGAUGCCCCGUAGACUCACCCAUCGCAGAGAAAAUGGACCAGAUUAUAAUCGGAAUACCUCUAACCUCUCUCAUAUUCUUCACCGUUACUUCACUGAUGGGUAUCCUGCUGGCUAUUACUUUUCUUGUGUUCAACAUUGUAUACAUGAAGGAGAGGGUAAUCAAAAUGUCCUCACCUAUAAUAAACAAUAUCAUCCUGCUGGGAGCGGUGUUGUUGUACUCCUACGUUCCCCUCUUAGCCCUCAUGAUGGGGAUUAACGACUACAGUAUUCUCGACGAGAACCACCUCAUCAAACUCUGCUCGGUAAAGUUACAGAACUGGGUUUUCUUUAUUGGGUUUACAACUACAUUCGGAGCUCUCUUCGCCAAGACAUGGAGAGUGUAUGCCAUCUUUACCAGUAAACAGCCUAGAAACAUGAUUCUCUCAGAUUUGAAGCUGAUGAUCUUGAUAGGAAUCCUCUUGUCCGUGGAUGUGAUCCUACUUGGGAUUAACGAGUACCUCAACAGAUACAAGUGGGCCUUCCAAUCUGCCAAAUCUACUCUGAACGUGAACAACUACCACCUGUUAGACGACACCCCUGACGUGCACGGUCUGGUCAUGUGCGAGUUUGAUCCUGAUUCCACUGGCAGACUGUACGAGACACCCUGGUUGAUUACCGUCGCUAUUGUUUACAAGGGACUGUUGUUGAUAUUCGGAGCGUUUAUAGCGUUCCAGACGAGGAACAUCACCAUACCGGCCCUCAACGACAGCAAGUAUAUCGGCAUCUCAAUCUACACUAUAGUAGUAGUGUUCACAAUAGCAGGACCCGUGUCAUUCUUCCUCCAGUCCCAGCCGGAGCUACUGUUUGGUAUCCAGGCUGCUGGGAUCAUAUUCACUACUACCAUCAUGAUCUGUCUCGUCUUUAUACCCAAGGCAUACCAGCUGAGAUACCAGCCGAAGGAGGCGAUUAAAAACCAGACAGUGACGAGAGACUGGGACUCUUUAGCGGUGUCUAGAAGAGAGUCUGAGAUUCAGCAAGUGAAAAACCUGCGACAAGAACUGAACAAACGUGACACAGUGAUCAAGCUCCUCCGGGAGAACGAGCAGCAGACUAUUACUAAAAGUGAGGGACCUUGUGAAGGAGAGGGACAGGUGACCCAGAGAUCUCUUUUUAACUCUGUUGGGGAGGACUGUAUUCAGAAGACGCUGUACAAUUCUGGUUAUUCCUCUGCUGUAUGAUGUGCUUGCUGAUAUUAAAUUAAUAGUAGUGCUAGCUAAAUUAAUAGUAAGUAGCUAGUAUUAAAUUAGUAUCAAACAUGGGAUAAUCCAGUCUUCAUGUGCUGAGAGUCAGAGAUUAUUAAGUGGGUUUUAUAGGCUGUUAUAACGGAAUUUUAACUUAAUAUUAUUGUUAAGUUUUUACUGCUGUGUUUGUUUCACAUUAUAUUCAUAUAUUAUGUUAAAUCAACGUAUUUCUUUAUCACUCUUAUUUCUUGGUUUUUCGAUUUGAUUAUGAAAUAUGACUCAAACUUAGAAGAUUUGCUUAUGAUCUCAAGCUGAAAUUUCAGUUCUAUAUUCGUGAUUUCGAUUAGCAAUUUGGUUUGUUCUUUUGUGAGAUGAUAGUAUUUCCCUCUUUAUAUUGAUACGUAAAACGUUUCAUUUAAAAAAAGGUCAAAUCUAUAUUGAAGAGAUUGUUCAUGUACUACAAACGAUCUAGGGAGAGGGGGUUUGGAAACGUUAAAAGUAAUUCUGUAAUUGCAACACAAUAGCCGAAAGUACAAACGGAUUGGGUGGAGGGUGACAUGUAAACGAUUCUUAGUAAAUAAUUCUGAGAGCAAUGCAAAAGUUAGCCUUUUGCAAACACAGUAUUUAUUCGAUUAACGUUAUUUCGAUUAAAUGAUAACUUAUUUACCCGACUUUAAAAGAGAAUAGGGCAUUUUUAGAAUCGUCAGUUAACAUUGUGAUUGAUAAUCUGAGUACUCUAAACGGGAGUUGGCUAAAAUGUAAUAUGUGAAAAUAUGUACUGCCAAUUUUGUGUAUGUACUGCCAAUUUCGUGUUUUAUUCAUGACAAUAAUUGGAUUUUAUUUUUGUUGGAAUAGUGAAAUUUGCUUUAUUUGUUGAAAUAAAAUUCAUCCUGAAAUAGAAAGUUAAGCCAUGCCAGACUCUUUCAGUUGAACACUGAGAUCUUUGUUUCCCUUUCAGCUGUCUUUAGUCUUGUAUAUAAUAGUCGUUCUUUAAAUUAAAUUUUCACG